UAUUGAAAUAUGUUUUUAAAAUAAUUUAAGGUUAUUAUCGUCCCCUGUAAAUACAAUUAUCAAAGCGACAGAUUUUCUUACCAAGUCUAUUGUGUAAUAAGUCUUUAUGCAUGCAACUAAAUAAGUUUUUUCUAGAUACGUUUACAAACAAACAUGCCACUAAAACUAUUCGAAAGAAGUACAUGGGACCCCAACCCCAUGCCUAAAAGUAACUUUUUCGUCCAAAUACCUGCUCAAUUCGUAUGGCUUAUGAACACAAACUCGGACCAAUGCUUCACUCAAGAAGCUUGCUCUGGUCAACUAAGGGAUUUACUUGGACUAACUACGAAAAUGCAUCAUCUAAAGGACCUGCGAUAUAAUUUCCUGAUAGGUGACGACGGGAAUGUGUACGAGGCCAAGGGUUGGUACCACGCUCCACUGCUUCCUUUGCGGUUCGCACGCAGCAAUUGCUACAGCCUCCUCAUUGCUUUCAUAGGCAAGCAAUCGGUCAUCAAUCUGUCUGAGGCCGCAGCUGAACAACUUGGUGACUUGAUUGAAUUUGGAAUCGAAAAUGGAUUGAUCAAAAGGGACUUUGAACUUAAAAACAUAAUGGUUGCUGUAAGAAGUGGUGGAUUGAAGACAAAUGUUUAACAUCUGCUUACUCCAGACUUAAAGUUAAGACAUUAAUUUGUAAGUCCAGUAAAGGUUUCUGCAUUUCACAAAGUAAAUUACUAAACGAAUUCUGCUAUUCUGAGUCUUUAAGCCAAGAAAUACUGAAGGAAAUGGUUAGAUGCAACACUGAUAAUAGCUUUGUAUGGAAUUGUAAAUAUGUGUUUUAUAGUGGUGGUAUAAUUAAUGUUUUAUAUUCUGUAUGUUUUAGCCGUGUCAAAAUUUGUAACGUUGUUUUAUUUGUAAACUUUGCACAAAAAAACGUCCAGCACAUGAAAGAUUUGUUAAA